UUCACAGAUCCUGGGCGUGAUGGCGGAGAUCAAGACCAACCCGAUGAGGGACCUGAAGGUCGACAAGCUGGUGCUUAACUGCUCCGUCGGAGAGUCGGGUGACAGGCUGACGCGCGCAGCGAAGGUGCUGGAGCAACUCACGGGCCAGUCGCCCGUCUACUCCAAGGCACGCUACACGGUUCGUUCGUUCGGAAUCCGGCGUAACGAGAAGAUCGCGUGCCACGUGACGGUCCGCGGCGAUAAGGCGUUGGAGAUCCUUGAGCGAGGGCUUAAGGUGAAGGAGUACGAGCUCAAGCGCAAGAACUUCUCCAACACCGGCAGCUUUGGCUUUGGUAUCCAGGAACACAUCGACCUCGGACUGAAGUACGACCCAUCCACCGGUAUCUACGGAAUGGACUUUUUCGUAGUGCUCAACCGGCCGGGGUACCGCGUGGCGAAGCGCAAGGCGAAGUGCGCCAAGAUCGGUUACCAGCACAAGGUCACCAAGACUGACGCCGUCAAGUGGUUCCAGGCAAAGUUCGAGGGAAUCGUGACGGGCUGAGCCAAGUCAAGUUGUCCUACAUCGACAUCUACGUAGCUCUGUAGCUGUUUUUCCGUGAACGGUCGAGCAAGCCACAGGAUCUGUUGAAACAUUGGAAUAAAAAAAAAAAAACUGACCGGAGCGCUGAUGGAUGAUCGUUGUCUAUGAUACCUACCACCAGCGUCUUGACCGCGGCGGAUUCAAGCAUUUUCAAGCGGAAUUCUUCCCUUUAUGUGCGAAUAGCUGUUAACCUGUUCCAUACCCAUCAAAC